CAUCGUUCAACUGCAGUACCUCCGCUAAUAAAAGUUUGCGGAGCUCUCCGAUUUUUUUGCAGAAGGAAGUUUUCUGAAGUCUCACGGCAAUGACUUCAAUUUGGGACUGGCGCAACCUACGAUGUCGGUUGUUUUAAAAGAGAUGCUUCAACUGAUUGAGGAAAAAAUUUGCAAUCAAUGGAUUACUGCAAAAAUGGCCGAGGAAGAGAAAUCCAAAAACAAGAAGAACUUAUUUUACUCGAAAACGAAAUUUCCUGGUGUUGUUGGAUGUAUAGAUGGGACACAUGUGCAUAUAAUGGGACCGAAGGAGGAUGUUCGCCACUUAUAUAUGAACAGAAAAGGAUAUUUCAGUUUGAAUGUUUUACUGAUGUGCGAUUACCAAAUGCGGAUACGGUAUGUUGAUGCUAGACAUCCAGGAUCUACUCAUGAUGCUUUUAUUUGGAACAAUAGUGAUUUGAAACAAAUGGUUGCUGAUGAUUUGGUCCGAACACCUGGCUUCUAGGUGAUUCUGGAUUUCCAUUAGAACCACAUCUUUUGACCCCUUUUCGUUCAGCGGAACCUCAAUCUCCUGAAGCAAAAUACAAU